AAUUUCCAAUUUAUACUUCGUUUAUAAAGUGUUGUUAAUUUUUUGUAUAUUAUAAAUGGUGCUCAAAUCAACAUCGGCUAAUAACGUUUCGGUUUAUCAAGUUAGUGGAUCAAAUGUAUCAAGAUCAUUACCUGACUGGAUUGCUAAAAAGCGUAAAAGAUCACUUAAAAAUGAUAUUGAGUAUCAAAAUCGAAUAGAAUUAAUCCAAGAUUUUGAAUUCAGCGAGGCCUCAAACAAAAUCAAGAUUACUUCCGAUGGUCAAUUUGCAAUGGUGACAGGAACAUAUAAACCCCAAAUUCAUGUUUAUGAUUUCCAAAAUUUAUCAUUGAAAUUUGAAAGACAUACUGAUUGUGAAAAUAUCAAUUUUAUAUUAUUGUCAAACGAUUGGACCAAAUCUGUUCACUUACAAAAUGACAGGUCAAUCCAAUUUCAUAACAAAGGUGGUAUACAUUAUACAACAAGGAUACCCAAGUUUGGAAGAGAUUUAUGUUAUAAUGAAAUUAAUUGCGAUUUGUAUCUUGCAGCGAGUGGAAACGAAUUGUACAGAUUGAAUUUGGACCAAGGAAGGUUUUUGCAGCCAUUUCAGUUGGAGACAGAUAAAGGAGCAAACUGUAUUGAUAGAAAUGAGUUGCAUGGGUUAAUCUCAGUUGGGUUAGAGAAUAACAGUGUUGAGUUUUGGGAUCCGAGAUCUAGAAAAAAGGCAUCGACGUUGUAUUUACCAGAGGAAAAUAUUGAGGUGACAGCAUUGAAAUUUCGAAACGAUGGGUUUAAUUUUUCAGUUGGAACGUCUAGUGGGAUUAGUUAUUUAUAUGAUUUAAGAAGUGCAAUACCAUAUAAUACAAAGGAUCAUGGGUAUGGAUUUGCAAUCAAGAAGUUUAUAUGGUUGAACAAAACCAAGAAUAAUGAGGAUAACGAGAAUAAUAUUGUUGUUACGGAUAAGAGAAUUGCCAAAAUAUGGAAUAAAGAUAGUGGGAAAUUGAUUGCAUCAAUGGAACCAAGUACAGAUAUUAACGACAUAGAGUAUGUUAAGGAUUCCGGAAUGUUUUUCAUGGCCAAUGAAGGAAUAGCGAUGCAUACGUACUAUAUACCAAAUUUGGGGCCAGCACCUAAAUGGUGUUCGUUUUUGGAUAAUGUUACAGAGGAGUUGGAAGAAAAACCUACCGACACAGUUUACUCUAAUUAUAAGUUUAUUACAAGAAAAGAAGUGAAAGAUUUGAAUUUGACACAUUUAAUUGGGUCAAAAGUAUUGCGGUCGUAUAUGCAUGGAUUUUUUAUUAACAGUGAGUUAUUCGAUAAGGUGAAUUUGAUCAGCCAAAACUCUAGACAAAGCAUUCAGGAUGUUAAACGUAAGGAGGUUGAUAAAAGAAUUGAUAAGGAAAGAGAAUCUAGAAUCAAGAGCAGUCUUAGCAAUGAUAUUAACAGUAGACACAAGAACAUUAAGGUCAAUAAGGAAUUGGUUAGCAAGUUGAAUGAUAAGAAACACGGGAAGAGAGUUAUUGAAGAUAUUGUUGCAGAUAAUAGAUUUAAGGAUAUGUUUGAAGAUCCUGAGUAUCAAAUCGAUGAGGAAUCGUUUGAGUAUAAGCAAUUGAAUCCAACAAAGUCGACAAAAGACAGAAGCGAGGUUCAAGACAGACCAAGAGGAUUGACAGCAGCAGAGGAAUCGGACGAAGAGAGAAUGAACUCUAGAUAUGACGGAGAGUCAUCUGAUGAAGAAGAAAAGGAGGAUGAAAAAGAGGAGUUGGAGGAAUUGAGAGCAAAAGAAGAAGUAAAAUUCCGGAAACAGAUGGACAAACUAAGACGCAAAAAAGAGGCCCAAGAGAAGAGCGAGAGAUUCAUCAAAUCGUUGACAUCGUCAGCAUCGACCAACAAGACACUAAGCAGCUUCAUCACUGAAGAGAGCGAGCCAGUGUCGUUGGGAGAAAAAUUGAGAAACCACGAACGAAUGGAACAGGAUAAGAGAAGUGCUAACAACAACAUCAAGUACCAUCGCCUGGCCAAAGGAGAAGUGGAAAUGACAUUUAUCCCUCAAAGAAGCAAAAAGGGCAAUGGCAGAAUCAAAAAAGCAGUGGACGAGAAAGCUGGUGGAAGAAGCAAGCAACGAUACGAGGGCAGACGAAGUGCUGGUCGAAAUCAGUUUCGUGGAAUGUAG